AUGCCGAGGAAGGACCAGCGCCCUUGCGAUGACAGAAAUGUGGCCUGGGCCACCGACAAGGGCCGCUUCGGAUUUCAGAUGUUGGAGAAAAUGGGCUGGAAGGAAGGCAAGGGCUUGGGCGCGAACGAAGAUGGAACAACGGAGCACAUCAAGGUAAAGAAGAAGAUCGAUAACCAGGGUAUCGGAACCGAAACCGUCACACACAACAAAAACUGGCUCGAGACCUCGGUUGCGUACGAGUCCAUCCUCGCCAGUCUCAACGCUUCGUAUGGCACCAAGCCCGACACCACUGAGGAGAAAGAGAAGCCUGCAGAGAAGCCGAAGGGCGUCGUUGGCAGACCCAGAAAAGUGUUGUACUCUCGUAUGCUGAGGGCCAAGGAUCUGGCCAACUACUCGUCGGAAGACAAGAGCGCCAUUUUCGGCGGCGUCCCGUAUGGCGUGGCGGCAGCGGCGCAGGAGGAGAAGGUGGCCACCACCACCACCGAGGAGGUCAAGGUCCAGGAGGUGGGCAGCGAAAGCGAGGAAAUGGAAGAGGAGGAGAGCGACAAGAAGAAGUCGAAGAAGUCGAGGAAGUCCGCCGACAAGAAGGAGGAGGGUAAGGGAGAAGAGGAGGAAGACAAGGAAACCGACACGGUCUCCGGAGUCACUACUACCACUAGUGCCGUGAGUUUGCAGGACUAUUUCAAGAUGAAGAUGGCUGAGAUGGCGAGGAAGCGGGCAGGAGGCGACGUCAGCACUCCGCAAGUGUCGGUCGCAGCAGAGAGCCGACAGCCUCGGCAAGCAGUCGCCAGCACUGACGAAAAGGUGGAGAAGAGGGACAAGAAGAAAAGGAAGCGAGAAGAGGAAGAGACAACGGAGGAGCCCAAGAAGGACAAGAAGAAUAAGAAGAAGACCAAGAAGAGGAAGCAAGAAGAGAGCGACGCUGGCAAGUCGAAGAAGGAAGACGAAAAGAAGAACAACAAAAAGAAGAAGAGCAAGAAAGGCGAAGACGAGCAAAAGAAAAAGAAGGAGAAGAAGAACAGCAAGAAGAAGAGCAAGAAGGCUUCGUCGUUGUGA